CAGACUGGUAUCAGGCUGGAGCGGAAGGGUCACGGCUGUGUGGAGAAACAUCUGUUCUUCAACGUGUCUGUUCUGCAGCCCUUGUAGCAGCUCUCUCUGGCUCAGCUGGAAAUCAAGUUCCAGUGGGACGUGUUCCAUACACCAAGGUUCCUCCUGGGCCCACAGGCUCUCAGUGUGUCCCUCUAUAAGGUGCUGCGUGCGACCCUGAGGGGAGCGACCCACGAGCCCAACCCCAGGCUGGUGCUGUCCCACUCUGUGCAGCUGGAACCAGAGCCCGGAUCCCUCACCCUGGACCUCACAGCCUUGGCUGAGAACUGGCUUAAACCCCCCUACAGUCAAUUUCGACGGCCCCCGCCAUCAAAAUCUGUCAGUGUAAACUAGAAAUAUCUGUUUUUUGUGGCAUUGGAUCCGCCGAUGUCACACUUCCACAUCUGCGGUGAAAGGUGACAGAGCUAGAGCGGUGUUUGUCAGACAUUGAGACGUCCCAAAAAUCGGUAUUCUCACACAAUUGUCUGUAGCGUCCAAAUGGUUUAGCCUACAAACUAUUAUGACCACUCAGUGGAAAGAUGAGACUCUCACGAACACAAUGUUUUUUUGCUCUACGACCCCCACAAGCGUCUUAGGACUCUUGUCUGUAACGUCCGGACAGUUUGUGCUACACACUAAUAUGACCCCUCUGUGGAAAGGUGAGACUCUUCUGAAGGUCCCCCAGUACCAGUUAAACAUUUUUUAUGGAAAUCUAUAUGGAGACAGCUUAGUGCCAAAAAUAAGGGGUUAAAUACAUAUAAAAAAAGAUAUAUAUAAAAUGUUUCCUGAUCUAAAAUGUCUCAGAUAUAGGACAGACACUUCAGAACAAACUUCCUUUAGAUUUUUUGGGGGGACUAUCUGUUUUUCCAUGUAGUGAAUCUGUCAUUCAAUGGGUUAAUUAAACCAGGGAGGAACUACAGCCUGGUGCUGGAGCUGUAGCCUCAACCCGCCCACACCCUGGCUAGGGACACCAUCAUGGCCCACCACACGGGAAACACUCUCCUGUUCGGGCCAACAGUAACCCUCCCAGAGUUCCAGGCCUCACUGGUGGCCCAUAUACCUGAACCCGCUCCAGUGCCACUCUCGGCGGAAGAGGAGCGUCGUCUACCUCCCGGUGACGCCCAUCAACGUGUGCAAGCCGAGCCGCCUCUACAUCGACUUCAAGGACGUGGGCUGGCAGGACUACUGCCACGGAGAGUGCCCAUUCCCGUUGAGCGAGAGCCUGAACGGCAGCAACCGUGCCAUCCUGCAGACGCUGGUACACUCCCUGGACCCCUGCGGCACGCCCCAGCCCUGC